AUGAAUCAUCAAAACAACCAGAAGCCCGCUUUUACGCGCGUCAUCGACAUGCUUGACGGCACGCCUGAGCUCAAGAAUCCUCGCAAGUUCCUGGAAGCAACCCAGGAAGCGCAACAAGUCGCUCUUAAAACACUUUACGAGGACUCAGGAGUGAGAACUCCAAUCUCCCAGGGUGCUAUGGAGUGCCACAUCACCACAGCACUAUGGAAGAAGUACUUCCCAUAUGGCCAGGGAAGUCCAACAGAUCCACUCAAGGGUUUUUGCGAAGAGCUGUGUCCCGAGCCAGACCAGCGUUGGGCCCGUUACCUGAAACGGAGAUUGGUGGAGGAGGAGGAUCGCAACCCGCAGAAACAAAAGCGACAACUGCAGGAAAGCGCCAAAACCUCAAAACCAUCACCUUCCCAGACUACGAAGACCAAAGAGACCGGAACCACUGGAACACUCCCACCGCCUCCCGCCCGCAAGAAAGUCCACUUUCAUUUAUCCCGGGGGAAUGAAGAUACAGGCGAGGGUUCGUCCCGCGGCAGCAAGCAGGUUCCGAUUGACAGCAAUACCAAAGCCAAAGACACCGCAGUUGCCACCCCGGCUAGCACCACGCAUACCACGCCGCCCAAGCCCGCGGUCUCACAACUGCGGUCACCCACCCUAUACCAAGACAUCCUCACAUCCAAAUGUCUUGAGGAGAAGAUGGGCGUGAGGUGGUUUCCAUCAGACGACAACUCGAACGUCAAAGGUGUAUUAAUCGGCGACGUAUACGUCGCAGCUAGUACCACCUCAAUGAGGAACCAUACCAUCACCGAGGUAAAGGAGGAGUUGGCUCGAAGAAUCCUGGACACUUGUUCCGAGAUGCGGCUUUACUGCAUCAGCCGGACCAGGGAAAGGGAGACGUGGGUCGAGUUACAACGCCUGCUUUCCUAG